GCACUCAUCGGGAAUCUGUUACCACUCCAUUCACAAACACUCCCAAAUGACAGUCUCUUUCAGUUCGUCAUUCGAGGGUGAAGUGCAUCUUUGCACCAGCCAUUCUUCGGUCCACGUAGUGUUACUCAACCAGUAAGGUACACAUACCUUUCCCACGGCAAACAAAAAAACAGUGCUCAUCUUUGGCAAUCUUCCCCCGAUGUUGAUCAAUUGUGCAAAUAAAAUCUGCCAGAUCUAGGCCUAGCUAAGGGGUCACCAUGGAAACCAUAGCUGCUGAAUCGGAGGAAACUCAAUUGCGCAACCGCAAGAAAGGCAAAUCGUCCCAGGACGGAGCGAAAAUUGCGGAAGAAACCAAACCUGAUCUCGCUGGGAAAGUGGACGAGAGACUUCAACCGAGUGACAGCGGCGAACCCGAAAAAUUGAAACUCGUUCGCAAAUGGAGUGAAGGGGUCAAAUUGGACGGGGAUUCGGAUCAAUCACCUUUCACCAUAAGCAUUCAACUGGACGGAGCUUCCGUGUUCUUGUUCUUGGCCUCGUUUCUAACGAGAUUUUACAGAUUAACCUACCCUAAUGGAGUUGUUUUCGAUGAAAUUCACUAUGGCCGAUUUGCAUCGCUUUAUCUGCGGAAUACAUUCUUUUUCGAUCAACAUCCACCACUGGGCAAGAUGCUCAUUGCGGGGGCGGCCAGUGCAGUUGGAUACAGCGGGAAGUUCGAAUUCCCGAAAAUUGGCAGUGAAUACGAUGCGAGUGUUCCAGUAUUCGCUUUCCGUUUCAUCCCGGCCCUGUGUGGAAGUCUCCUUGCUCCAGUGAUCUACAGCAUUUUACGCCAGAUUAAAUUGAGUCAGAAAAUUUGCAUCAUCGGUGGUCUGCUGGUCGUAUUCGACAACGCCCUCCUCACGCAUUCCCGGUUCAUCCUGAUGGAACCGAUGCUGUUGCUAUUCUCCAGCGUUGGAAUUCUGUUCGUGUUCAAGCACUUGAAUAGCGUCCCAUUCUCGCUCCGGUGGUGGCUUUCGGGUGCAACAGCUGCUGCUUUCUUGACCGCAGCCGUUUGCGUGAAAUACAUCGGCUUCUAUAGCUAUCUGCUUGCUUGUUACAUUAUCGGACGUCAUGUAUGGAUGCAGCUUCCGGAUCGUUCUCAGUCGAAUGCCUACUUAUUGGCUAAGAGCGUAUCGAAGGCUGUACUGUUUGUAGCUGUAUCGGUUGGGGUUUACGUAGGGUGUUUCUACGUGCACUUGGGGAUUUUGCAUAAAGCUGGACCGCAUGACAGUGUUAUGACCAGUGCUUUCCAGGCUUCGUUGGAAGGAGGAUUGGCGUCGAUUACCAAGGGACAACCGCUGAGAAUUCAACAUGGAUCGCAGAUUACGUUGAAGCAUACCCAUGGAAGGGUUUGCUGGUUGCACUCUCAUGCCCACGUUUAUCCGAUCAAGUACAAAGACGGUAGAGGUUCAAGUCAUCAACAACAGGUUACCUGUUACGGAUUCAAGGACGUGAACAACUGGUGGAUCGUGAAACGACCAACUAAGGAGAAUAUCGUGGUUGACGAAGAGCCAGAUUACAUUGAAAAUGGAGAUAUUAUUCAAUUAGUCCAUGGUGUUUCGAGCAGGGCGCUGAACUCUCACGAUGUUGCCUCUGCAAUGACUCCACUUGCUCAGGAAGUGUCCUGCUACAUCGAUUACAAUAUUUCGAUGCCUGCGAAUCUGUUGUGGAAAGUUGAGAUCAUCAACGCAAAAGAUUCAAAGAACAAAUGGAAUGCAAUCACUUCCCAAGUUAGGUUGAUUCACGUUGAAACGAAUGCGGCUCUCAAAUUUACUGGUGAACAGCUUCCAGAUUGGGGCUUCAAUCAGUUUGAAGUUGCCGCUGAUCGGAGACAGUUCACGCUGGACACCGUUUGGAAUGUUGAAGAACAUCGCUAUACCCAGGACAAGGAUAAGAAGGACGUCUUGGAGAAGUUGUUGAAGACCGAAAUGAUUCCACUGGAACCGACUCAACUUUCUUUCUGGGACAAAUUCUCUGAGCUCCAGCUAAAAAUGUUACUCAACUCUGAAAAGAUGGAAGGUCAUAUGUACUCAUCCGAACCCUUUGAGUGGCCGCUGAUGGACAAGGGAAUCGCUUACUGGGUUGAUAGCGCAUCCAAUGCUCAAAUUCAUCUGCUAGGUAACUUAGUCAUCUGGUAUUCAGCCACCUUUGCCAUUGUUAUCUACGUAGCUUUCCUGGUGUUCUACUUAAUUCGACGACGUCGCAAAUUCUACGACAUUGAAGAAUCUGAGUGGCAGAAGUUCCGUUUUGGAGGUGAAGUCUUCCUCGCCGGAUAUUUCAUCCAUUUCCUACCAUACCUUUUUGUUGAACGAACACUGUUCCUUUACCAUUAUCUUCCUGCCUUACUCUACAAAAUCCUACUACUCUGCUUUGUACUCGAACACAUUCAACUGGUCAUCAGCAAAACAAAUCGCUCUAAAUUAGUCUUGGUGAUUUUUAACGCCAUGCUGGCUGCGUGGAUUUCCGGAGUAGUUUACUUCUGCAGCAAAUAUAGCGUAUUGACUUACGGUACAACCGAACUUAACUCCGACGAUGUUUUGAAGUUGCGUCUUAAAGACACUUGGGACUUGAUCGUCCACAAACCGUAACCCAUUCGGGAUUGUUCGAAUGUUUUUUGAAAACUAAGCAAUACUCAGCCUCAUAUAUUUACAGUGAAAUAAUAUUUUGAAUGUUACGUUUCGAUUAAAACUGCCGUUACGAAUAAGAAAUUUGAAAAUAACCUUUA